AUGGAAGAAGACAGAAUCAGCCAACUCCCAGAUGAAAUUCUCCUACAAAUCCUGUCGUUGACAGACAUCAACGAAGCCGUUCAGACAAGCAUCCUCUCCACGAGAUGGAAAAACCUCUGGCACUCCCUCUCCGAUCUCCACUUCCACCUCACCCGCUUCGCCGCCCACACCCACUCCUCCUUAAAGAACUACGAAGCCGCCCAAACCCUCUCCCACCGCUUCUCCGACUUCAUCUCCCACUUCCUCUCGCACCGCGACAGCACCGCCUCCAUCCGCAGCUUCCACCUCUCAUUCGACAGCAGCAUGGUCUGCGCGCACCACGAAUUCAUUCAAAAUUGCUUGCACUACGCGAUCAACCACGGCGUUCAAUCCCUCCGCCUCCGAGCCAACUACUCCAACCAUGUACCCAUGUUUCUUGCCUCAAAAAGGCUGCAAGAACUCGAGCUCAGGAAGUUCAGCUGCGUGACUUAUUUACCUCAACAGUUUUCUUUCCCACAUUUGAAAACCCUUUAUCUUGAAAGCUAUCAAUUCACCGGUGAUUGUACUAUCUCGGAUGAGCCAUUUUCGGGUUUUCCAGAGCUGGAGAAGCUUACUCUGCAAAGGUGUAAUGUUUCUGGGCUUGUUGUCAAGGCUCCGAGGCUUAGGUUUCUUGAAAUUACUCAGGAAACCAACAGUUCGUAUUUCCAUCAAGAGAUGAGGAUGGGAGAGAUUUCUGCUCCAUUGCUUGUUAGCUUUAGCUACGAGGGUUUUUUUGCUUUUGAAUGCUCAAAGGUUAAUCUCCCAUUGUUGGAACAUGUCUACUUCGACAUUUAUAAAAGAGUGAAUGUCGAAGGGAUGCGUCUCAAAUGUGUCGGGAUGCUUCAGCAAUUUGGAAAUGCUAAAACUGUUGCAUUAACUUCGGACACCCUCAAGGUUCUAGAAUUGGAUGAUGAUUUCAUUAAGCGAAGCCCUUCUCCAUUUCCCUACAUGAAAUGUCUGAAAUUGAUCAAAGGGCGUUGGGAUAUUUCUACAGUGCGACAAUGCGUGAUGAAUUAUUUGACUGUGGAAACUUUGCAUUGUGAUUCAUUGAUGGUGGAGUUUCCUCGUGGUGUGGAUGUGGUCGAACAAAAUUUGGAGGAUUUGUCUGACGACGACGAUAGUGAUUUAAUCCAACCACUUAAACUUCUAUUCGAAUAG